AUGGCUUCGCAGACUCGGUGCGUGUGGGCGGCCCCGGUGAGGCGGCAGAUGCCGCUGCAUGCACAGCCAGGCAUCUCAACCGUCUCAACCUACGUGUGGCCCUGGCCUUCGGCGCCGAUCGUUGUGCGCCGAACGAUCCGCAUCGUCGCAAGGCCAGUUGCACCGGCGCAGGUGCAACUGCCUCAUCUUCUGGGAAGGCGGUCAUGGGCAACGUCCCCUGAGCCGCGCAAGAAUCCCAAGACCAAAGGACCCCCAAAGGGGGAGCCUCCGAUGAUGUGUGUCGCGGCCACACCAGUGCGACAUCCCAGCAAGCCAACCAUCCCUGAGACAGCUGCUACGCCACCUGCGCACCAAGCCCCUGUGCCACCUCCCGAGCCAGAGCAUGCGAAGGGCCCUCCCGUUUCCUUUUGUCCCGAAACACCAGAGGGAGGUGAGGAAGAUCACGAGCAGAAGGAGGAGGAGGAGGCCAACGAUGAGCCUCAGCAUCCCUCGCCAAGGCUUGCAGAAGCUGCGAAGGCAGAACCCCCACACGCCCAAUUCGGGGAGGCAGAGCUAGAGGCUCUGAUGGCAGACUUGGCCGCUAUGGGGAUCCAGGUGCCUGAGAAGCCCAAGGGCGAGGCGGAGGUCGGCGAUCUCAUUGUACUGGGUGCAAACAUUUAUCCGAAGGAGUUCCGGCUCAGAUACGCGGUCAUUAUGGAGGUGGAGGCCACACACCUGACCGUGUGGCCGCUGCUGGAAGACCGUGCGACCGCCAUGGGCGAGUGCUGGCCAUAUAAGGUCGACACAACACUGGAGAGCACUGUCGGCCGGCUGGGAGGCCGAGUGCGGGCGGCACAAGGGCCCCAUGCGGGCUGCGUCGGCACGGUGGUCGCGGUGCCCGGCGUAAGAUUCCCCCUGUUCCAGGAGCUCAGGAACCACCACAUGCAGUACGUCAUCAAAGUCGCAUUCGAUGAUGGCAGGUGCUUCGUGUUCGUCCAUGUGCAAAAUUAUGCAAAAUUGGCGGCAGAUGCCGCUGCAUGCACAGCCAGGCAUCUCAACCGUCUCAACCUACGUGUGGCCCUGGCCUUCGGCGCCGAUCGUUGUGCGCCGGACGAUCCGCAUCGUCGCAAGGCCAGUUGCGCCGGUGAGGAAGAUCACGAGCAGAAGAAGGAGGAUGAGGAGGCCAACGAUGCAGAGCUAGAGGCUCUGAUGGCAGACUUGGCCGCUAUGGGGAUCCAGGUGCCUGAGAAGCCCAAGGGCGAGGCGGAGGUGGGCGGACGGGGGGAUGAGCGCUGUGAAAACAUUUUCCGUUUCGUGCGGCCCAAGGUCGGCGAUCUCAUUGUACUGGGUGCAAACAUUUAUCCGAAGGAGUUCCGGCUCAGAUACGCGGUCGUUAUGGAGGCGCGCUGCGGCUGCAAUUCCGAAGUGGAGGCCACACACCUGACCGUGUGGCCGCUGCUGGAAGACCGCGCGACCGCCAUGGGCGAGUGCUGGCCAUAUAAGGUCGACACAACACUGGAGAGCACCGUCGGCCGGCUGGGAGGCCGAGUGCGGGUGGUUCAAGGGCCCCAUGUGGGCUGCGUCGGCACGGUGGUCGCGGUGCCCGGCGUAAGAUUCCCCCUGUUCCAGGAGCUCAGGAACCACCACAUGCAGUACGUCAUCAAAGUCGCAUUCGAUGAUGGCAGGCGCCGGUGUUUGGAGCACUGUUUGUUUUGGGAGUCACAUGUUCCUCACUUUGGAACUAAAACUGUGGAGAUGGUGGGCAGUACAUGA